CUCUCCCCCUUCCUUCACAUUCGUCCACGACCUCCCCUAUAUUCCUGCCCCCUUGUCACCUCCUUUUCCUCCUCUUCCUCCUUCUCCUCUUCCUCCUUCUUCGCUGUCAUCACCUCCUCCGUCAAAGGAGGAUUCCGCUGUUCUGAGCCAUGGCGUGCUGCCUGUCGGAAGAGGCGAAGGAACAGAAACGCAUCAACCAGGAAAUCGAACGGCAAUUGCGGAGAGACAAGCGGGAUGCCAGGCGGGAACUCAAGCUGCUCUUACUCGGAACCGGCGAGUCGGGCAAGUCCACCUUUAUUAAGCAGAUGAGGAUUAUCCAUGGCUCCGGCUACUCGGACGAGGAUAAGAGGGGGUUUAUCAAACUUGUGUACCAAAACAUUUUUAUGGCGAUGCAGUCCAUGAUCCGGGCGAUGGACCUCCUGAAGAUCCAGUAUGGCGAUUCCUCGAAUAUAGAAAAAGCGGAACUGGUGCGGAGCGUCGACUUUGAAACGGUGACGACGUUCGAGAGCCCGUACGUGGGAGCAAUCAAGGACCUGUGGGCGGACGCGGGUAUACAGGAGUGCUACGAUCGUAGACGGGAAUACCAACUCACGGACUCCGCCAAGUAUUACCUAAUGGAGAUAGAUCGAGUCGCGGCACCAAACUACCUCCCCACAGAACAGGACAUUCUUCGUGUGAGAGUGCCCACCACCGGUAUAAUUGAAUAUCCCUUUGACUUGGAAGAGAUCCGAUUUAGUUAUCUUAGUGACCUAGAGCGUAUUGAAAAGCCUGAUUUCCUUCCGACCGAGCAAGACAUCCUCCGGGCACGAGCUCCCACCACCGGAAUUAUAGAAUAUCCAUUUGAUCUGGACUCCAUCAUAUUUAGGAUGGUAGACGUCGGUGGACAGAGGUCGGAAAGAAGAAAGUGGAUCCAUUGUUUUGAAAACGUCACUUCAAUUAUAUUUUUAGUAGCUCUAAGUGAAUAUGAUCAAAUUCUAUUUGAAUCGGAAAACGAGAAUCGAAUGGAAGAAAGUAAAGCACUGUUCAAAACGAUUAUAACAUAUCCCUGGUUUCAACACUCCUCUGUUAUCCUGUUUCUCAACAAGAAAGAUCUGUUAGAAGAAAAGAUUAUGUAUUCUCAUCUUGUCGACUAUUUUCCGGAAUAUGAUGGUCGACAGAGAGACGCUCUCGCAGCUAGAGAAUUCAUUCUAAGGAUGUUCGUUGACUUAAAUCCGGACAGCGAGAAGAUUAUUUAUUCCCACUUUACGUGUGCCACAGAUACGGAAAACAUCAAGCUUGUAUUCUGCGCUGUUAAGGAUACAAUCAUGCAAACCGCGCUUAAGGAGUUUAAUCUUGCUUAACGCGACUGUAUAGAUAUUAUUAAUUAGCAGAUUUUUUACUAUAUUAUUUAAUAUUUAGGCGCCGAGAAUGACGUAGAACGUAUUCUAUAUACAAUAGAUUUAUAACAAAACUUAGUAUAAUUCCAAUCAACGAAUAUUAUAGAAGUGGCCAAAUAGUAAAGUGAUUGCUUGACAGAUGUUAUUGCAUAUUUGUCAAAUAUUAUCAUAUGUUGCUUUUUAACAUUUAUUCCGGAACUUAAAUCUGUGUCAUUCUAGGCGAUUAGUCGUCGGCUGCGAAUAAUUUUACUUUUGAAAACUUUGAAAAUAACUGCCAGAGCUUUACCGUUGACAACAACAAUAUACGUUAAAUAAAAAAUAUACUAUUAAAGCUUUGUAACCCUUAAA